CGCGAGCCUGAAGACCCGGAAUCCACAACUAUCCCGUAGUUGUCAGAAACCAUACCAUACAAUAAAUUAAUAAGAAAUAUUUCUGAAAAUCAGCUACAAAUAAAUUACCAUUCAUAUCUCAUUACAGCUAUUCACGGAAAUUCCACAGCCCGUCUCCAAGGUAGUGAUACAGUUCAAUGCCGAUGUCUUUGUUGACGCUCUUGAUUUCGUCCGUGCUCAUCAAAAGCUUGCCCACGGCCAACGCGUGCUCCUUUCCUUCGGCGUAUACCACCACAGUGGUGUCCUUUGGAAUAUUCUCCUCCGGCAGCCAGCCUCCUUUGGAGGUCAAUCCAGGACACAUGAUAUUCGCUCCCGAAAGCACAAAUUUGAUUGCUCCCCUGUCGACCUGGACUCUAGGAAACAAAGUAGGAUAUUUGUGCACGAGUUUCAGUGACGGCAGCAAUUCGUCGAAUUUCUGGUAGAACAGCACCUCUCCAUCCACUAAGUAGAGCUGGAUUUUGUCCUCGCAUUUGUAGUGCUGAACGGUGGACUUCUUGGGCACGAGCUCGUCGAUGAUGGGCUCAAACCCCGGAUACUGCUCCACGAACUUCGUCUUGAGUCCACGCUGCACGGAAGACUUGACGUUUGACCGGGUGUGGAUGUCUUCUUUAGAGAAUUUCUUGAACAUAAGGAAUAAGAAGCUAGACAAGUAGAUGGAAAAAAAAACAUCUCGACGCUGGGCCGGGCGUCGAUCGACGUGAAACAUGAGUUAAGGGGUAAUGCUCAUCAGGGCGGAAAAUGAGCCUGCUGAAGUGAAAAUGUGUGUUAGGAGUUGCUGAAGUGUCUAAUACGAUUCGGCGCACGAAAUCUGCUCAUUUAGCCAUUUCGCGACAUUCUUUAUUAACACAUCGCGUCCACCUUAGCACACGAAAAGAUCUACAGAACGAAAAAAAAAUAGACAACUAAACAGAAAGCUUUUUUAUAAACUCGGCCACGGUCAGCUUUUUGUAAUACAUUUUUGCUUUGGAUUGCUACGAGAACAUUCAAAAUUACAGGGAAGAUUGGCAGAAUCUUUCUCAUUUUUACAAGAUCCGCGUUUGCCUAAUAUUCGACUGAAACUCGCCGCCACAUUCUCUUAGUGAUAUGAGCAAAGCGUCGCCUUACAGAGGCAUCAAUUCGACCUCGUCGACGUCUCCAAAAUUCAAAAAACUCUCCAUUUUUGUGGGGUUGCUGCUGGGCCUCAUUCUGUUCAAGUUCUCCACCAGCUGGUCUAUCAACACGGAAGACAAGAUCGUUUCAGAAUAUCUCAACAACUUUUACAAGCUAAAUCCAAAAUUCCGGGGUGCCAACCCGUACGAUGCAGCAGUCACUGCAGAGAGACUGGCAAAGUUCUUUCCAUAUGACAAUAGCGCCAGAAGAAUUGAGAAGAGCAUUUGGCAGAUGUGGAAGGUGCCUUCCACCGACCCAGACUUCCCUCACAAGGAGCUCGUGAACAAGUGGAAAAACGAGAACCCAACCUACAAAUAUAACCUGCUGACUGACGACGAGAUCUUGGAGAUUUUGAGAAUCCGGUUCAAAGACACCGUUCCUGAGGUGCUCGAGGCGUUCGAGAUGUUGCCAAACAAAAUCAUCCGUUCCGACUUCGCUAGAUACCUGCUGAUUUUUCUGAAUGGCGGUGUCUACGCAGACAUCGACACAGACCUGCAAAAGCCAGUCGACACGUGGUUUGACUCUGAUAGAAAUGUGGGAUUUGUGGUUGCCGUCGAGGAGGACAUCAACGUGGAGAACUGGGAGCACUACAUGACCAGAAGAAUCCAGUUUGAGCAGUGGACAUUCAAGGCCAAGGCAAAACAUCCUAUUUUGAGAAAGCUGAUUGCAAAGAUCGUCGAAACCACUUUCCAGGCCAAGAAGAACGACAAACUGCAGGCUUACUACAAAGACUUCAAAGGCGUCGAUAGAUGUGCUUCCGUGGAUAUCAUGGUGUGGACCGGUCCUGUUGUGUGGACAGACACUAUCUAUGCGCACCUGAACUCGAUCGCAAGCCCUACGAUCGUGGAUAUAGACCACCAAAGAGACAUUGCCGGAGAGCUCUAUGGCCCUGAGACCGGAGAAGGAGACGUGAUUUCGUGGAGAUUCUUUGCUGGUUUAAGAGCUCCUGUGAUGAUCGACGACGUGGUGAUCUAUCCGAGGGCCUCCUUCAGAGAGGACAAGGAGAACAAUUGCGGAAAAUACUGCUACGUUCACCACCACUUUGGAGGAUCCUGGAAAAACAACGGAAAGGGCGAGAUCAAGCCAGGCAUGGAGGGAUACGAAGGAGAGGAUCCCAAAGAAGUGGAAGAGCUCAGAAAGAACGACGUCAGCAAGAGGGACAUUAUUCCUGGUGAGUCUAAAGAUGUUGCUCCGGUGAAGAAGCUUGCCAAGAGAUGUGCGUACCCAUACACUCCUUACUAGGUAACCCGAACAUUCUAAUAAGACGGAUAGUGUAUUUAUUAUGUAAGCUGGAAAGAAAAAAAAACCACCAAAAAGUUUUCCAUCAACGCACAUGUACAGUCUAAUUCUUAGGCGGCUGAACUCGACGGCUGCGCUGCCGGCCGUGUCGAAAAGACAGCUGAUUUCGCCGAUGGCUGUUCCAGCCCUCAAAAGUGUGGCUCCGCUCCCCUUCAAGAGCCCAGAGGCCAAACGACUGCGUAAAAGACUCCUCGACAGACCGGGUCUGAUUGGCGUCAAGCGCGGCAUGACGCAGUUCUACAACAGAAACGGAGACCGUGUUCCUGCCACAGUUUUGGAAAUUGAUCAGGUGGAGGUGGUUUACAACAAGACUCUCAACAAAAACGGCUACUAUGCUGUGCAGGUUGGAUAUGGACACAAGCUAAAAAACCAGACAAAGGCCAUGUUGGGACACUAUAGAAACGCCAAGGUCUCUCCCAAAGAGGUCCUGUUUGAAUUUGAGGUCAAGGAUGAGAACGGCCUUGUUCCCGUUGGCUCGCAGCUGAAAGCCGAUCAUUUCAAGCCAGGACAGUUUGUGGACGUUAUUUCGAAAACCAAAGGUAAAGGGUUUGCUGGUGUGAUGAAAAGAUGGAACUUUUCGGGUCUUCCGGCAUCCCACGGUACGUCUCUGGCCCAUAGAAGCGCUGGUUCCACCGGUAUGAACACCACGCCUGCCAGAGUGCUGCCGGGCAAGAAGAUGGCUGGACAUCUGGGAGACGAGUGGAACACGAUAUUCAACCUCGAGGUUUUGGACGUGAAUGCCGAAAAGGGAUACAUACUCGUCAAGGGAUGUGUUUCUGGCUCGAACGGUUCGUACGUUCAGAUUAGAGACGCUCUGAAGAGGUAUGGUUCGCAUAUAUUGCAGGAUAAAUAGCUAUCAAAUCGAUGUACAUAUCAGAUCAAAAACUCUGUAUUUUUCUCCACCACCGCGUUCACAACCGACACCGGAUAUGCUGGGCCGUGUCCGUGGCACACUUCGGAGCCUCUGAGCUGGCUGAUAAUUCCUGGAAUGUCCAGGUUUAUAUCCUUUUCGGACGCUAUUUCGUUCAGAUAGUCCCACACAGCAGCCACGGUAAGCACUUUUUCGUUGUUGUGGUUGUACGCCUGGAUGCUAUACGGAACGCCGUCCACCAUCGAGUGCGGGACUCCGGCGGGAGGCGCUUCAGGGGCCGACGUCCGCACGUCCACCACCGACUUGAUGAAAUCUUCUCUGGUCUGAGGAAAAUCGUAUUGCCCCCGCGUCGACGAGUGGCCUUUCGGUAACGCUGGUUUCUCCAUUUUCUGGAGCAUCUCAUUUUCGAUGCCCAGCAGCGUGUUUUUCUGUUUCAGCUGCUCGAUCUCCUGAAGAAGUCGCUGUCUUUCGCUUUCCGACUGGCUCAAUUUAGCGGAGAGCUCUUUGAGCUUGAUUUCCUUGCGCUCCCGGAAGGCUCUCUGCGCGGCGCGGUUUUGGGCCUUGCGCUUCUCUGCCAAAAGCGCCUCCUCAGACAGCGGUCUGUUCGUAUUCGAGGACUCGCUGCUAGCGGAUGAGCCCAGUCGCUUGGACUUCUUGGUGGUACCCGAGAACACUUCCUGCCAGAGUCCGUCACCUACGUCUUUUCGGAUCGACUCCUCCGCCUUGUUGCAGGUGUCCGCAAACAUCCGAUUUUGCUCCUUGUUCAAGGGAGAGACGUACCCGUGGAGGGUCCCGUUAUUCUGGAAUUGCUGCUGCUGCAAAAUCUCUCUGUCCAGCACCUGGGGGCUCUUAUACUCUGUCUGGUCGGUGCUACCCCGCGACAGGGGCGUUGGAAAAGACUCGUGCGCAUCGAUGUUUUCGGAAAGCUGGUACUGGCUCCAAUACUGUGGGGUGCCUGAGUCGAC